UUUUGGAACCUGUGGUACUUUACACAUGCAAUUGAUUUGAUAAGUUUCAAUUCAUGAUGAAUAAUACGAUUUAAAAAUUUCGUUAUCAAGUUUCAUUAAAUAUAUAUAUUUUGUUCGUCUGUUACGUUAAUUUUUGUGACUCAUAUUAUAUUGUUUUCACUGAAUAAUUAAAAUUUGAACGUAUAAAAAUAAUAAUAAAACAAAAUAUAGGAGAAACGAAUGGGCCCUUGACAUUGAGGCCCAUUGACAUGAAAUGGAUCACUGUUGAGUCGAGGCAGCGAGUCGAGUCGAAUCACUGUUGUAAUCUUCCAAAGAAAACUGAAGCACCUGCGACUCCUCUGCUUCUCGGAUUCAAAUGGCGUUUGCGAAAAUUGCGUUCCUUUUCAACAAAUUUCAGCAGGUUUCCAGGGUGUUGGUGUUUUAGCAAAGAGUCCCACGUUUGCUAAGAACCCAAACCAACUACAAUUUGAAGCCGACAUUAACAAACUGUUUAUGUUUACAAGCUAUAACCGUUUGGGACGAGAUGCUGAGGAGGCUGAUGCAGAAGAGAUCAUCGAGAUUGCCAGUAAAGCCACAUUAUCUGAGCGACAUAAGCAAGUUCAUGAGAACAUUCACUACCAAGUCGAAAACUUCUGUUCUUCAAUGGACGAGAUUCUACUUACCCAUAUAGAUAAGGCAAAGGAACUACAUGAUUCAACUGCAGAAAAGCCUAUUGUUCCUGAGACUAAACCUUUGAAACUCGCUGAAGUCUCCCAUCGAUUAAAGGAUCGAAUUGGGUACACCCUUGACAUCAGACCAUCGUUAAUAACUCAUAAAGAAGCGGGUCAGGGUUGUUUCAUUGAAGGUGAAGCAGAUGUGGGAGCUGUCUUGGCCUUUUACCCUGGUGUGAUUUACUCUCCUGCAUUCUACAGAUACAUUCCUGGGUAUCCAAAUGUCGAUGCACAGAACUCAUAUCUGAUUACUAGGUAUGACGGGACGGUGGUAAAUGCUCAACCUUGGGGUCGUGGAGGAGAAUCACGGGAAGUUUGGAACAGCUCCUGUACAACGCCUGAGAUCAUAACAGACGCUAAAACUGCAGAAAACGUUACAGACAAGGUAUUGAAGAUGCAGAGCGAGCCGCUUGAAGGUUCAGCGGUUCUCGAAAUGCGAAACCCGUUGGCGUUUGGUCAUUUCACCAACCACCCUGGUAAAGACAUGGAUGCUAAUGUCAUGAUUUACCCGUACGACUUCCCUUUGUCAGAGACAGAGAUGCGAGCUUACAUUCCGAAUGUAGCUUUCGGGAACAGAGGAGAUGUAAAGAUGAGGAGUUCUGGAAGCUUCUUGUCUAGGACAGAGAGUCAUAGCAGUUUGGAUGCUCCUGUACUGAAGACCCUUGUUCUAGUGGCUACAAGAGCGUUGUGCAAUGAGGAACUGAUGCUGAAUUACAGGCUGAGCAAUUCUGAGAGAAAACCAGAUUGGUAUACUCCGGUUGAUGAAGAUGAAGAAGAUCUUAGUAGAUUGGGCUAAUGUAUCCUGUUUUCAUUUUGUUUCUCUGAUUUCUUGGGAACUGGUCUCAAUAAAAAGGAUACAAUUGCAAGAGGGCGUUAA